UAUUUAUUCAUCGUCCAAUUUUGACAGUAUUUUUGUUUGUUAGAGAGGCGAGAGAGUGACUUUUUUGUUGCCCAUUGUUGUUAAUGGCAUUUGUGUGAGAGAUUCAUUGAUUUUUGAAAAUUCUGAGGAAUAAAAACCCUAUCUACCAAUCACAAACCCUAGAUUUUGAUUCUUCUUCAUCUGAAUUUCUCUUGAUCUGUGUCUCCUUCCUUGUGAUUUCUCCCAUUUCAUUCAUUGAUUCUUUUUGAUUCGAUUCAAUUCGAGCUCAAUUUCGCAGAUCAGAACCCAGAAUCGAAUUCGGGGUCACUUGAACAAUAUCGUUUGGUGGUAAGCUUAAACUUGUUGAUCUGAAUUCGAGUGAAGAAGACAUCGAAUUCGAGUUUGGUGGAGAUUCUGAUGGAGUGAUGAUUUAAAGGAGGAAGAUAAAAGGGAACGAUGACUGGAUUGGGUGUUCGAUCCAGUAGCUAUGGUUCCUUGGAGAAGACGGGACUUAACGGCGUCGUUUUGCCUAUUCAGAUCACUACCACGACGACGACGACGACGCGCACCAAACCAUCUAAGAUGCAGAAAGAUAGAGAAGGUAUUGUACAUUGGAUCUGCAAAUUCGCUGGUCGUAAGAAGGUUGGCAUGUUGCUUCUCUUCUUAAUCUCCGCCGUCGUCUUCCUUCGCGUCCUUUACGUCGGAAAAGGUGAAGAUGGUCAAGGUCCUCCGAGUCUUCAUUUCAAUGGCACUUCAGGCGUAAAUUAUUCAAAUAUGUUACAAACAAAUGAAGAGCAAAACAUGAAUAUUGGAAAUAUAUCGUUUAAGGCAAAAGAAGUUAUUGUGUUCCCUCCUCCUCCUCCUAUGCAUUUUCUUGGCUAUUCGCUUCCUCAAGGUCAUCCUUGUAACAGUUUCACCUUACCUCCCCCACCAGCUGACAGAAAAAGAACAGGACCACGCCCAUGCCCCGUAUGUUACCUUCCAGUAGAAGAAGCAGUUGCAUUGAUGCCAAAUGCCCCGUCAUUUUCCCCUGUUCUUAAGAACUUAACGUAUAUAUGUGAAGAACCGUUAAACAGAGAGACAGAGUUUGGAGGGUCAGAUUUUGGUGGUUAUCCUACAUUGAAAGAUAGGAAUGAUUCUUUUGACAUUAAAGAAACAAUGAGUGUACAUUGUGGGUUUGUCAAAGGACCUCAACCUGGUCGAAAUACAGGAUUUGACAUUGAUGAGGCAGAUCUUCUUGAAAUGAAGCAGUGUCGUGGGAUAGUUGUUGCUUCAGCAGUAUUUGAUGCUUUUGAUGAUGUAAAAGCCCCACAAAAUAUCAGUAAAUAUGCGGAGGAAACAGUUUGCUUCUACAUUUUUGUUGAUGAAGAAACUGAAUCAAUUUUGAAGAGAGAACGAGGCCUUGAUGGCAACAAAAAAGUAGGGAUAUGGAGAGUUGUUGUUGUUCAUAAUCUCCCCUAUUCUGAUGGAAGGCGCAAUGGAAAGGUGCCCAAGCUUCUUGUCCAUAGGAUGUUUCCAAAUGCUCGCUAUUCUUUAUGGAUUGACGGAAAACUUGAGCUUGUCGUCGAUCCAUAUCAAAUUCUUGAAAGGUUCUUGUGGAGGAAAAAUGCUACUUUUGCAAUUUCUAGACAUUACAAACGAUUUGAUGUCUUGGUAGAAGCCGAAGCAAAUAAAGCUGCUGGUAAAUAUGAUAAUGCUUCUAUCGACUUUCAAGUGGAUUUUUACAAGAAUGAAGGGUUAACCCCUUAUUCUGUCGCAAAGCUCCCAAUCACAAGCGACGUACCCGAGGGCUGUGUCAUUUUAAGAGAGCAUGUUCCCAUAAGCAACCUCUUCACUUGUCUUUGGUUCAACGAAGUUGACCGAUUCACUUCAAGAGAUCAAAUCAGUUUCUCAACUGUAAGAGAUAAAAUUGCAGCAAAAACAAACUGGACAGUAAGCAUGUUCCUUGAUUGUGAAAGACGCAAUUUUGUAGUUCAGAGAUAUCACCGAGCAGAACAAGAAAGAUUUGCAAGGCAACGAGCUCUGGUGCCUAAUUUUCCUCCACCGCCUCCACCAGUUUUAAUCAGCAGCGAUUUGCCUAGAAAAAUGUCAAGUGGAAGAGCGGUUAGCACAACGCCGCCUAGAAGACGAGGAAGAGACAGACGCUCUGGUCAAAGGGGUCACAGGAAAGCUAAUUUGCCUGUAAGAUUACCAGAUUCAGCAUAAAGAGUUGGUUCUUCUACUUCUUCAUGGUCACCCUCAUCACCAACCUCACAUUCCAAUUUUACCACACAGUAUGUCUCUUUUUUGUUUCUCUAUUUGAUUCUAAGGAUUCAAAAUCAAUUUUUUAAUGUAUAUAUACACACGAACAUUUUGUACUUGGAUAAUAAAUUAUAGUUUCGAAUUUUGAAGUUCAAAAUCUACCAAAGAGAUCCGAGCUUGGUUUUGAUUGUAA